AUGACUCUGGCAACGUCCAUGUGCCGGGGGCUUGCGAGCGGGGGGCGAAGAUGUAGGACGCCAGCGCCGGCGGCGACAUGGCCACUGGUGCAGCGGGGGCUAGAUGAUAGGUUCUCGACCACCGCUGGUGCCGAUGCCGCCACCGAGGACACGAGUGGGCCGCCAGCUGCAGAGGCCGGCAAGGGGGGAGGGGGGGGCGGCGGCAGCGGGGCGCAAUCAGGGGACGGGGAAGCCGCUUCCACGGUGGAGGAGAACCCGCUGGAGGGGAUGGUGGAGGAUGACGGGGACCCGGGGCCGCCGCCGCCGCUUGACCCGUCCAUCGUCGCCGAACCGUCUCCCAAGGUGCUGGAGGUGAUGGCGAGCAUCGAGUCUUUGAACUUCGUCGAGAUGGCUAUGCUGAUCGACGUGUUCAAGAACAAGCUUGGCCUGGAUGAGCUUCCCACGCUAAGCUUCGGGGGCGCGGACGGCGGAGGAGAGUCUGGCGGUGGGGACGGGGAUGCGCCCGCCGCCGCCGCGGAGAAGACCAUCUUCAAGGUCAAGGUCACCGGGUUCGGCGACAAGGCGAAGAUUAAGGUGAUCAAGGAAGUGAGAGUGAUCACCGGUCUUGGACUGAGGGAAGCGAAGGAGAUGGUGGAGAGCCUGCCCCAGGUGGUGAAGGAAGACUUGAAGGAGGAUGAGGCGGAGGCAAUGAAGGCCAAGCUAGAGGCGGUAGGAGCCACGGUGGAACUUGAGUAA